AAACGAUCGACAACUUUUGACAAGAUUGAUCUUAGAAGUGAAGUAAAUCUGCUGUCUACAAAAUGCUGUUGCUGUUUCUUCUGGCCUUGAUUUCAACUAAUGUGGCAGCAGACAAAGUUUGCUAUGGAGACUUGGGCUGCUUCACAGACGACCCACCCUACGACACCUUCAAGGAUUUCCCGCCAAGAUCCCCAGAUUACAUCAACACAAACUUCCUUCUGUACACCCGCCUAAAUGACAAUAUUCCGAUGACAAUUGAUAGAACGGACCCUUCAUCACUGAAAAUCUCAACAUUUAAUUCACUGAAAAGAACUGUUUUUCUUAUCCACGGUUACACUGAAGCUGGUCUUUUCUCUGACUGGGUGCAGAACGUCAAAACAAAACUUCUAGAAAUAGAAAAUGUUAAUGUUGUAGUUGUUGAUUGGGGACUUGGUGCCCAUGAUAUUUACUACAAGUCAGUUCAAAACAUCCGAGUAGUUGGUGCUGAGAUUGGGCUUUUCAUCCAGUUUUUGAACAAGGAGGCAGGUUUUCCAAACAGGAAAAUACAUAUUAUUGGCCACAGUCUUGGCGCACACACGGCUGGGUACGCUGGAGCCAUGAACCCUGGAAUUGCUAGAAUUACUGGUCUCGAUCCUGCUGGUCCCGAAUUUCGUUACAACGAUCCCGAAUGUCGGCUGGAUCCGACGGAUGCGGUUCUUGUUGAUAACAUACACACGGAUGGUGAAACGCUCGUCAGUUUAGGAUUUGGUCUGCUUCAACCACUUGGGCACAUGGAUUUUUAUCCAAAUGGAGGCAAGGAACAACCCGGAUGCCCUGCGACAGUAUUCGAUGCAUUAGCGGCUAUCGAUGAAGUGUCUUGCAGUCAUAGCAGGUCGCACCAAUAUUUUCUUGAGAGUAUGGACCAGGCGGCCAGAUGUACAUUUAAAGCGUAUCCGUGCGCUAGCUGGGAUCGAUUUGUUGAGGGAAAAUGCUCAGAUUGUGGUCUGUUCGGAUGUCCAACGAUGGGCUAUUACGCUGACCUGAGUCUAGCAAGUGGGAACUUCUACUUAGAAACUCAAAGUUCAGAACCAUUCUGCAAGAAUUGUGGACUAAUUGACUUCUGUAACUUAUAUAUACUCCAAAUAAUACUCUCCAAAAAUGAAACAAGACUGACAGUCCUAGAAGUGGAUAUGUUUUCUGCAAAAAUGCUGCUGUUUUUUUUAGUAGCCGCGCUCUCAACUAAAGUUUUAGCCAACAGAGUUUGCUACGGAGACUUGGGCUGCUUUACAAACGACCCAUCAUGCGGCGCUACCUUUGAUGAUCUCCUGCCGAAGUCUCCUGAUUACAUCAACACAAACUUCUAUCUGUUCACCCGUUUAGACACUAAAGCGCAUACGAUUGACAGAACAGAUUCUUCAACACUGACAUCUUCAACAUUUAAUCGGAAAAAAAGAACCGUUUUCCUGAUCCAUGGUUACACCGAAUCUGGUCUCAACUCUCAAUAUGUGAUGGACAUCAAAAAUAAACUUCUUGAAAUGGAGAAUGUUAAUGUUAUAGUUGUUGAUUGGGGAGGCGGAUCUCGUGAUAUUUACUACCAGUCUGUUCAAAAUAUCCGAGUAGCUGGAGCUGAAGUUGGGCUUUUCAUCCAGUUUUUGAACAAGGAGGCAAGCUAUUCGAACUCCAAAAUACAUAUUAUUGGCCACAGUCUUGGUGCGCAUACCGCUGGGUACGCUGGAGCAAUGAACUCCGGAAUUGCUAGGAUUACAGGCCUUGACCCCGCUGGUCCUGAAUUUCGUGGUGACAACAUUGCCGCCCAUUGUCGACUGGACCCGACAGACGCGGUUCUUGUUGAUAAUAUACACACAGAUGGAUCGACUUUAGGAUUUGGUCUGUUUGAGGCAGUUGGCGACAUGGAUUUUUAUCCUAAUGGAGGCACGGACCAACCCGGAUGCCCUGCAACAAAAUUCGAUGCAACUAAUAUCGAUGAAGUGUCUUGCAGCCACGGCAGAUCGCACCAAUAUUUCCUUGAAAGCAUGGAGCAGGGAGCAAGCUGUACAUUUAAAUCUUACCCGUGUAAUAGCUAUGAUACAUAUGUCUCUGGAAAAUGUUCGAGCUGUGGUUGGCAAGGAUGUCCAACGAUGGGCUAUUACGCUGAUCAGACGUCAGUAAGUGACCAAAGCUUCUAUUUAGACACCAGAAGCUCAUCGCCAUACUGUAAGAAUUAAGGCUAUAAUAUAUUAGCCAGAUACCGUUUAAAGAUUAUACCGAAUUAAUAUGGAUCUUUGACCAAUUUAUGUGAUUUACUGUAUUUGAAUUACAAUAUAAUUAUUAAAUACAUUACUAUGCAUCAUAA